AUGCGCGUGACGUCACGCGCGGAGCGAGCCGCCUGUUGCUGCUCCGAGUGUGCGAGCUGUUCGUGGUGGUCGUGGUGGUGGUGGUGGCAGGGCUGCUGUGUCUCCCGCAUUCGCUCUCGCGUCUCCCUCGCACACCGCUCGCCGAAUCCACUUCUCUUACGGAGCAGUGGUCCAUCACAGAUUUGUGUGUGUGUGUUUUUUUUAAUAGUUUUUUUUUUUUUAAACACGGACAUCAUCUCGAGGAGUCUUCUCCCCACCACACCAAACACCGCGGGUGUGUUGCGUUGAAGCCCCGCCGAAGUGAGCGUGGAGGAGCGUGGGAUCCGCGUGGGAUCCGCGUGUGCCGUGUGGGUCGCCGGCUCAGUGACAUGAGAUCCUGGUGCUGACAUGGCAGCCAACAGAAUCCGUGCUGCAACCGGUGGAGGCUUGCCCAGGUGCAAGUCAGAGGGGACUCUUAUUGACCUGGAAGAUCAUCCAUCGGAGCCAAAUUUCCAUGAUUUAGAUGUGCCUUCUCCAAACGGCUUGCUUGACAAGGGCUCCCUUACAAUGGAAAACGCCCACGAGGUCGUGGCCAUCAAGGACUACUGUCCCAAUAGCUUCACCACACUGAAGUUCUCCAAAGGCGAAAGACUCUACGUGAUGGACAACUCUCGGUCUGAAUGGUGGUAUGCUCACAACAACAAGGAGAUGGGUUAUAUACCGGCCUCCUACGUGCGACCUGUUGGCUCUUUGACCAGCACCUACAGUGAUAGUGGCAUGGUGGAUCACAUUCCCGAGAGUAAUGGCUACAAGCAGGAAAUGGAUUUGCUCAGCGGUUGGCCAGAAAUCAUUGGCAAGCAGACUAAUUUGGUCGCUGUUAAUGGCAAUCCUUUUCGGCCAAACCUAUCCGCUUCUAAUCCUUUCCUUAACGAUAUAUCUCUGAUGUCCACCGGCGCAGAUGAAGUGCAAAAACCAAUAUUGUCAACUAACUGGUUUAUGUCCGAUGCUAUAAAACCCAGCAGCAGUAUAAAACACAACAAUAAAUCCGCAACAGACUUAGAUCUGGACUUCUUUGAGCGCCCAGUUACUCGAGGCAACCCAUUCACAAGCAGCAAAAAUCGUUGCUACAGUAUGUCUGAACUGUCAGUGUUGCAGGAGCAGGCACAACCAAGUAAAACUAACCAGAUGAAUUUCACGUCGACUUUUAAAUCUAUGGACAUUGAGAGCUUUAAAAAUGACAGAGAUGCAUUCAGAACCGCUUGGUUAAACCGACGGAAGCUGGCACGCUCGUGCCAUGAUUUGGGUGCCCUCGAGCAAAGUCCCGGGUGGGGACAGACACAACCCGUAGAGACACAUAUGAUUUGUAGGCUGGACAGCUCUGGGGGGGUCGUUCAAUUGCCAGACACGGACAUUGUUCUUCACAUCCCUGAAGGCCACGUAGAUGUUGGAGAAGACCAAGAGGUCUCUGUGAAAGCAUUGCUUGAGCCUCCCUUGGAGCUGAACAGUGACAGAUGUACCACGAUCAGUCCGCUCAUCGAAAUACGCCUCGGUAAUCUGGACGUGCAUAAAUUCUUUACGCUAGAGAUGAGUGUCGAUACAGAAAUAAAAGACGAAGCUGCCAAAAUAGUUUGCAUGAGGAGUUCACUUAAAGAUAGCUCUUACAUAAAGAUCCCAACUACUUACAAGUAUGGCAACACCAUUCAAGUCCAGUUAGAAGACCUGGGACCAUGCACCUAUGUUGUGGCUGUAGCUCAAGCCUCAAGUCUGAAACAUCCAUCCACCAUUUGGGACUGUAUAACCAAACAUCUCACUGUUGGUGUGUACGGCCCACGGCACAUUCACCCUUCAUUCACGACUGUUGUGGCCAUGUUUGGUCACAAUAGUGCACCAAAAUCUCUCACGCUGAAUGAAAUCACCAAAGGGAAAAUCACUGGCCUUCCAUUGGCGUUGCAGCUCUGGGGCAAAUAUACAUUUUCAGUAGAUAAACCUCAAGAUGUAAGCUUUUGCCUCUUCUCAAAUGAUGCCAACUUUGAAGUCAAGCGAUCUGGCCAGAACAGUUUGGUUCGAGGCUUCCAGAUGAAGCUGGGUAUGGUGAGCCGUAUUCCAUUCUCUGUCAAUGUUAUAAAUGAGGAAGACAUGCAAGAGUUCACCCUAUGUGUCCAAUUUAAGGAUGACAAAGAGACACUCUUGUCUCAGUUUUGCAUACAAACACCUCAAGUCGCACCAAAACCCGCAAUAAAAACGGGCCAAAGGAGGUUCCUGAAGAAGAAAGAAGUGGGUAAAAUCGUGCUGUCCCCGACUGCCAUCACCGCCAAAUACCCAACAUUCCAGGAUAGACAAGUGCCGAACCUAAAGUACGCCAUAGCCACCAAGACCGUGACCCGGCAGCAAAAACAUCCGUAUCUGCUCGAGUACAAGAAGGGGGACAUGAUGGUGUUGCUGAGUGAGGAAAGGGUGCGCGUGCGUGGGCAGAUUCGCAACAAAGACUGGUUUGUGGGUUUCUACGAUGGCAAGCUGGGUCUCGUCCACUGCCGGAACGUGCUGCAGCUUGACAAAGACCGCUCGGGGCUCGCACCUGGGCCGAAGCUUACCACAGCAGUGCUGCUCGAACAGAUGCUUCAGCCGUGCAAAUACCUGACCUACGUGUACUCCUCGGUGCGUACCCAACUAAUGGAGAACAUUGGGAGCUGGAGAACAUUUGCAGAUUCCUUGGGAUAUGCUGGGGUACCACUGAGCGAGUUCUGUCGGGUGGAAGUGGAAAAUGAAGCGGAGAAGGUGGCGUGUGUGCUCGAGAAACUCAAGGAGGACUGUAACUGCACCUUGCAGGCCAAGAAAAAGAAGUCUUUUCAGAAGGAGCUAUUCACGGCCCUGCUGAAGAUCGACUGCCAGGGUCUGGUGGCACGCCUCCUGCAGGACUUUGUGCUGCUCACCACAGCGGUCGAGGCCGGGACCCGUUGGAGGGAGCUCGCUGAAAAACUCUCCAAGGUGACGCGGCAGCAGAUGGACGCCUUUGAGGUCCCUCACCGCGACAAGAAUGGAGAAAUUGACGAUGAGACCAUGUGGAAGCCAGCGUACGCGUUCCUGCUGACGUGGAGCGCGAGGCUGGGCGACAGCUACAGGGACGUGGUGCAGGAGCUGCACGCCGCACUGGAGAAGAUGAGGAACCCCAUCAUCAAGCAGUGGCGACACCUCACCGGCACCCUCCUCCUCAUACACACGAUGGACAUCCUUCGCGGGGCCGCCUUCAGCUCCCCGAGUUUGGAGGACAGCAUGACCUGAUGCGUCAGUGCGUGAGCCGGCAUCACGCAAUUUGGCCUGCUUUUUGAGGGUCGCAGUGGUGAAAAGUGAGGGUUUUUUAAAUUGUAUUUUAUUCCAUAAGAACAGAAUACUGUGGAGUGGUUGUGUUAACAUGUGGUGACUUUGAGGCUGGUUAGCCGGGACCAAAAAACAUGUGGGAUCAUGUACUGUGGCAGUCCAGAUUAACGUGUUUGCAAAAAUCAAUGAGAAUCUCUAAGACUAUAUAUUUUUACUUACAUAUACCCAUACAAGUACAAAGGCUUACACGUAGUAGCUGUAAUCGUUUUAAUAUUGCAUAUCUUAGUGCUAUUUUUCUAUUCAUAAUUUUUUUUUUACUUUUGCUUUUGUAUGGACUUUGGCAAUAUUGUUUUAAAAAUAUCAAAUGUGUUGAAAGGUUGACACAAUUGAAUGUUCUUUUAAUUAUAACUACUGUAUUUGACUACUUGUAGCAAGGUUUUCUCUUGUAACGAUUGUCACUUCAUUGUAACAUUUAUCGAUUUUUAACAUUGACAUAUUAACAUGAAUUGUGAUCAAAAGUGUAAAUAUGUAUCAAUUACUCAUGUUUAGAAAAACAACUCUUCACAGGUGUAACAUUAAGGUAAUAUAACACCUGGAGAGGAAUCAAGUGGUCAUUGCAAUGCAUAAUUGCAUUGUCCUGCAUUUGUCAAAAGGAACUCCCUCUUUGCCCGAAGCACAACUGGAUUGACUCUUUGCUAAAAUUUAACUAGUUUUGUGCUAAUGUGUUAAAUAGAUUUGCAGAACUCUCAGUGCCAGCUAUUUCAGGCCAAUAAUAAUGUGUAAGGUUAUCCGGUUAUAUGGACAGGCUCUUUUUCUGUGCAGUGCUGCUAUAUUGUUAGUGUUAAAUGUGGAUGUAUUGCAAUGUAGGUACGAAAAUAUAUGGAUCUAAAAAACAUAACAAACCUGAUACAGGAGCUAUUUUUCCUUGUCUUCUAAAACCAAAUUUACCAGUUACAAAUUCUGCAAUUUUACCCAGAGCUAGACAUGACUGCAUUUUAAUAGAAACAGUUAUUUAUUAUUAUUUUUAACUCUUGAAAUAGAUUUUUAUUCUUGCCAGUUUGUAUAUAUAUUUUUUAGUAUUUUAAAAUAAAUAUUUGUACAUAACAGUGGCCUUGAGAGUGAUUAUAGAAGCAACGGAAAAAACGAUAUAUUUAGCCUGCUGUAAUUGUACAUUCCUGUGAAAUUUGGGGUAUGUUGUACAAGCUUACAGGGUACAACAUAAGGUAAUAUUGUUUGAAUUGUUGGAGCGACAGCUGGCUCAUAUAUUUGACCAAGUUGUAUGCUCAUAAAAUAGGUCAGAUAUAACCCUUGAACAUCGAGCUAUAGAUAAUUGCAUGCUCACAUCAGAAAUCUGUAGAAUUAGCAUGCGUCCUAUAUAGUAGAAACACUGCGAGUAAAUGUUUUAAUUAUGUAUGCUACACAUCAAAAGUAUAGUCUAAUUGUUUGCUAAGGUGUGGAUUUUAUCUAUUUUCACAUUUCUCCACCUAUUGCUCGAGUUUUACCCGAAGCAUUGCCUCUUGUGAAAGAUAAGUGCCAAUUGUGGUGAACGUAAUAAAGAAUUAAAGCUUUCGUGACUGCAUAAAUGACUCAUUGUUUUUUUUCGGUAAAGUCACGUAUGUAGAAAUACCAAAGCCAGUCGGCCAACGACAAAGUCGUUGGCCGACUGGCUUUGCAUCACUUAACAUAUUUCUUAGGUUUGUUGAAUUCUCGUCUCUCAUCUUGUUGUUGUAUUUACCUCCGUGCGGUUUAACGCCCUCUGUGUGUUGCGUUGAUGUCACCCUAUGUGCUAUUUUUUUUUACACCUGAUGAAGAUCGCUUGUGUUGCGGUCAAAACGUCGUGAUUGAUUUAUUUUAAUAUAAUGUUAUGGUAUUUCUACAUACGUGACUUUACCGAAAAAAACAAUGUGGUGAACGUGUUAGUGUUUUUUUAUCACGUGCAUUUUCUCGUGGAACAGCUUGAACCAGCUUCUGCUGGGGAUUCAAAUAUACUGUGCUCUGUGUAAUACAAUUCUGUCUAAACUCGGUAAUCAAGAUUUGUCUCAACUCGUAUUCAAUAAAGGCACUAUUAACAGUGAGAUGACGAGUAAUAUUCAUUGUUUUGCAACUAUUUAUCCUUGCGAAUUGACUUGGUCCUAGACUGACGAAUAUAGUAUUUUUAGUUAUAGUGCUUUUAGUUGUUUGGUUUUUAAGGUGAAUUUAUAGUAAUUGCAAGAGAGGGUAAAGCCUAUUGUUAUUUCAUCACUUUGAUAAUGGCAAAAAAGGUCCCCAUAGUAAUUUAAUGUUUGCCUUGUACGUGAGGUUCCAUCUUGUGCGUGAAUUAGGUGUUUAACUCCUGUAGUACUUUAUCCGUCAUUUCAGCUUCAGUCCACAAUCUUGAGAGCCAAACAACAUGUGCUAUAUUUAGUAGAUUUUCAAAGCACCGACAAGUAUUUUCUUUUUAAUGAGUACAUAUGAAGCAAAUUGUACUUGGCAGUUUUUUUGCUUGACUUUUUAUUUCAACCGAGUGAACUUAUGAUCACGAAUGCAUUCGAUCCAAUGAAUACUUUAUUGAUUUGAUCGUGUGAAUAUUUUUGAAAAACACAGUAAUGUGUCAUGCUCAAGGUUGUGUGUAAGCUCAGUUAUAUGAAUGUUGUUGGACUUAAAAUUAAAGCAUUGUAUCAGUAAGUGCAAGAAAAUGUUAUGAAAAUGCAUGUGUGUCCCUGCCUAUAAUAAAUUAAGUACUGCACAUGGGUCGGUGCCACAGGCAAUCUAGCAAUGUAUAUUUUGUGUACAUCUUUAAUAGUAUAAUGAAAUAAUACUACUUUCACUUUAUAUAGCAUCAUUCAUGUUAAGAGCAUCCCACAAUGGUGUACAUUAAUUAUAUAUAAGGACCAAAUCCCAUAUAUAGCCACAUCCAAGCAAAUUAAAACCCUACUACCAAAUGCAUUUCAUAAGAUAGGAAAGAAAGCAUUGAUCUUUACAGAAUUAUACCUAAUACUUUAAUUUCCUAGCACACAGUUGAAUUUACAAAAUCUUUUUAAAUAGCAAUAUACAAAUUAUUUGGCUCUCUCGGUAAAGUCACAUGGAUAGGUUCAAAGAAAAUAACAAAAAAAAUCACAAAUAGCAAUAUACAACUCAAGCUUUUCUUGUACUGGCAUUUACAAUCCCAGUGCUGUACAUGUGAUUCCGUGUUUACAAAAAAAAUCAAUACCUUUCAUCCUUUCAAAAGCAGAAUGCUGAAUGUACAUAUCUGAAUCAGUGUUUAUUUAGUUAAGUAAAAUACACAAUCGUUUUUUUAUUCACCAGCACACAAAUAAUGUUUAACUAUAACAUCACAAAUGUAGUGCAGAUACUGUAUUUUAAUUAAUUCAAUGUCAAUUCAAAGAUCAUAGCCGAUCUGAGCACAUUGACGUUAAUAUUUGUAAUAUUUUUCUUACUUUUCCUGUGACCAGUAGUAUACUUGAUUAAAUGUUGAGCUAUAAUAUAUCUGAUUGUUUUCACUGAAAUGGAUUGUAUUGGUCAUUAAUUAAAGUGCACAUUUACCAAGA